GCCAUUAUCUGGUCGGCUGUAAUCUGAUAUACUGCAUUUCUAUUCGCUGUGUUUUUGAAUAUUAAGCCAAUCACGAUAGCCAUUCCGCCCAAUUUCAGCCAAUCCAGAUCGCAGCAUCGCUGAUCGACCAAACACCAGUCAUCAUCAUUUCCAAGCAUGGCCAACUUGUUCCAAGCGAUCUGCAGCAAGCGCAACUUUGGCGUCGGCCAGAAGGUCACCCGCGGGAUCUGGAAGCGCUUCGAGACGGCGGAAGCCUCGUCCUACGUCGAGAUCACGCGCGUUGCGCCGUCGCAGGACCUCAAGCACGGCAAGGCCUACGGCAUCAAGGUCUUUCGCGGCGUCAGCGAAGGCAAGGAGCGUCGUGUCGAUGGCGUCCUGAAGCGCGACUGGGCGGUCGUCGCAUAAGGAGGGUAGAACUUAUUAGAUUCGCCGCCGGCGCACACGCAUAAAUAACCGCUAGAUAAUAUGCACCGUGCUGCUUGGAGGACA